AUGUAUUUGGAAUCUCUUGUCCAAAUGAGAAAAAAAAAUUUUUAUGACUAUGACAUUACAUCUCCAGAAGAAGUUGAGAAGUUGAUGUUGUGGAUAUUUACAAUAAUCAAUGUAAUAGGAAAUUUCGAUGUUUAUCCUUGUGAACAAAUAUCAGUAGGAAAAGGUUUACUGCAUUGCAUUAUAAAAUGGAUUGAGCAAAUUUAUCUGCAAUUCCUUCACAAAAUUCAAGCUUACCAAUUCGCUGCGAGAUUACUUAAAUUUGCUUAUAAUUACAAUCUUUCGAAACUAUUGGACUAUAUUUACAAUUUUAUUGAUUCUAAAGCUAACGAAGUUAUUAAUACUCCAGAAUGUCAGACCUUCAUUACGCACGCAUACGCAACAGAGCAUUUUUCUGAUGCUAAAACUGAUGAAGAUUUUAUAAAAGUCGCUUUAAAAAUACAUGGUAAAAAGGAAGAUGAAUUGCCAAAUUUAAGUGACAUAAAAAAACCUAAAUGCGAAGUAAAAGCUAAGCAGAUGUUGGAUAAAGCGAAACGAGGUUGUUCAAGUAUUUCAUUAGGGAAAUCAAUCGAAGUCUAUAAUACUGCAAUGAGCCUAGCACUACCUGGAUCAGAGCUAUUGGCCCAUGCUUAUGCAAAUCGUUCAAUAGUCUUGUCAAAUGCAGCGAUGUAUGAAGAAUCUUUAAAGGAUAUAGAGCAAGCUCUUAAAGCUAAUUAUCCAGACCACCUGAAAGCUUUGUUGUUCGCUCGCAAAGCCAAAAAUUUAUUCGCUUUAGACCCCACAGCAGAUAUUAAAGACACUUUGAAUGAAGCUAGGCAAUGGGCAUUGAAAAUGAACGACAAGGAAAAAAAGAAGCUUUUGGACAAUCUUGAAAAGAUAAAAAAAAAAAAAUACAAAAAACCAGUUAAAGAACGGGAUAAUCGAAUAUUGAUGCCAUUACCUCAUAAUGAUAAUCCAAUAAUUAAAGAUACUUCAGGUAGUAUUACUAUUAAUUAUUCUGAAAAAUUCGGACGUCAUAUCGUAGCUACUAAAGACAUGAUGGUGGGUGAAGUAGUUUCUGUGAAGCAAGCUUACGCGUUAGUACUUUCAUGGGAAUAUAGGUUGAAACGUUGUUGGAACUGUUCGAAGCAUUGCUGGUCAUCUGUUCCCUGUAAUACAUGUUCAAACGUUAUUUAUUGCAGUGAAGAGUGUCGAAAUGUUGCCUGGAAAGAUUACCAUGGCAUAGAAUGUUCUAUUUUGACUGGUUUAUUGUCCUUAGCUCAUCAUUAUGAAGAUAUCAGUCUUAUGAGCUUGAGAUUAUUUAUAAAAGCUAUCAAAGAAUUCGGAACAGUAAAAGCGUUGUAUAAAAAUAUUCAAAAGAUGGACUCAACAGAAGAUUUCAUUAUGAAAAGUUUCACUGAUGGUAUCUACGAUGACAAAAAAUACGCAAGCGUUUACCCAUUAAGUCGGAAGCCGAUGAAUUUGCGAUUUCAAGUUCAAUGUGCCGUCAAAACUAUACAUUACAUGUACUUAAUGGCUUUAAUGACCGAUAUUUUUGGGAAAAAAAUGGAAAAUAUGGAGGAAUUACGAAAUUAUGAACAUGCUGUUUUUGUUGGGAAAUUACUUUACCAUCAUACUGUGUUAAGUUCUAGUAACAGAUACGCGAUUCCUGUUCCAAGCACUAACGAACAACUUGAAUGUGGUGGAGUGUUAAACCCGUUAGAAUCGUUGUUCAAUCAUAGUUGCGACGCUAAUACAGGUUACUUUCUGUGUCGUGAUAUGUCGACAUUCAUGACUCUGCAACCUAUAAAAAAGGGUGAACAGUUGUUUAUUUCCUACGGACCAGAAUAUCAUGAGGUUCCAACUCCGAAGCGAAGAGAAGAAUUACAAAAAAUUCAAAAUUUUUGGUGCGAUUGUCAAGCUUGCAUCAACAAUUGGAAUCCGGGGCAUGUUCAUCCAUCAAUUUUUGAUAAAUUACCGGCAACAAUCGUAACAAAUUUGUCAUUGAUUUUUUUGAAGUGUAUUUGCCAAAUUCAAGAACAAAAUUUUUAUGACUAUGACACUACAUCUCCAGAGGAAAUUCAAAAGUUGUUGUUGUGUCUAUUUACAGCGAUCCAUCUAGUAGGAUAUUAUGAAAUAAAUAUCACACGGAAAAACUUUACUGCUUUGCAUUAUCAAAUGGAUCGAGAAUUACCAAUCAACCGAUUGAUUCAUUUGAUGGAUAAAUUUGUGACCUUGAGUAUGCACGCAUUAGCAGUUGACCAUCUUCACGAUGCUAAAACUGAUGAAGAUUUUGUAAAAAUCGCUUUAAAAAUGCACGCCGAACAACAAGAUGAAUUGCCAAAUUUAAAUGAUAUAAAAAAACCUAAAUGCGAAGUAAAGGCUAAAGGGAUGUUGGAUAAAGCGAAACGAGGUUUUUCUAGUAGUUCAUUAGGCAAAACCAUCGAAGUCUAUAAUACUGCAAUGAGCCUAGCAUUGCCUGGAUCAGAGUUAUUGGCCCAUGCUUAUGCAAAUCGUUCAAUAGUCUUAUCAAAUGCGGCAAUGUAUAAAGAAUCUUUAAAGGAUAUAGAGCAUGCUCUCAAAGCUAAUUAUCCCGAUAACAUGAAGGCUUUGUUGUUCGCUCGGAAAGCCAAAAAUUUAUUCGCUUUGGACCCAACAGCAGAUAUUGAAAACACUUUGAAUGAAGCUAGACAAUGGGCAUUAAAAAUGAACGACAAGGAAAAAAAUAAGCUUUUGGAUAAUCUUGAGAAGUUAAAAACAAAGACGUAUAAAAAACCAGUUAAAGAACGUGAUAAUCGAAUAUUUGUGCCAUCUCCUCCGAAUGAUAAUCCAAUAAUUAAUGAUACUUCAGCUGCUAUUGCCAUUAACUAUUCUGAAAAAUUCGGACGUCACAUCGUAGCUACUAGGGACAUGAUGGCGGGUGAAGUAGUUUCUGUAAAACGAGCUUACGCCUUGGUAAUUGCAUGUGACUACAGGUUCAAACUAUGUUGGAACUGUUCAAAGUAUUGCUGGUCAUCUGUUCCCUGUAAUACAUGUUCAAACGUUAUUUAUUGCAGUGAAGAGUGUCGAAAUGUCGCCUGGAAAGAUUACCAUGACAUAGAAUGUUCUAUUUUGAAUGGUUUAUUUACCUCGAUUCAUUAUUAUGAUGAUAUCGGUCUUAUGAGCUUGAGAUUAUUUAUAAAAGCUAUGAAAGAAUUCGAAACAAUCUAUGCUCCAACUAAGGGUGAAUUACUUUACUGUGGUGGAAUCUUAGAUCCGCUAGAGUCGUUGUACAAUCACAGUUGUGACCCUAAUAUGGGUUACUUUCUGUGUCGUGAUAAGACUACUACAUUCAUAACUCUGCAACCUAUAAAAAAAGGUGAACAGUUGUUUAUUUCUUACGGACCAGAUUUUCAUGAGAUGCCAACUCCAGAGCGAAGAGAACUAUUACAAAAUGAUCGAAGCUUUUGGUGCGAUUGUCACGCUUGCAUCAACAAUUGGAAUUCGAAACACGUUUUUCCAUCAGCUUGGAAUAAAUUACCGAAAACACUCGCAACAAAAAUGUCAAUGAUUCUUUUGGCGUGUAUUGUCCAUAUGAAAAAACAAAAUUUUAAUGACCUUGACACUACACCUCCAGAGGAAGUUAAGAAGCUUAUGUCGGAUAUAUUUACAAUAAUCAAUGUAGUAGGACGUUAUGAUAUAUAUCCUUGUGACGAAAUAUCGGUAGGAAAAAGUUUACUGCAUUGUAUUAUCAAAUGGAUCGAGAAUUUAAGGGAUAAACUUGUGAUGUUGAAGAUCGACUUAUUGGCAGCUGAGCGUUUUUCCGGUGCUAAAACUGAUGAAGAUUUUGUAAGAGCAGCUUUAAAAAUGCAUGUUGAACAACAAGAUGAAUUGCCAAAGUUAAAAGACAUAAAAAAACCUAAAUGCGAAGUGAAAGCUAAGUUGAUGUUGGAUGAAGCAAAACAAGGUUUUUCAAGUAUUUCAUUAGGGAAAACAGUCGAAGUCUAUAAUACUGCAAUGAGCCUAGCACUGCCUGGAUCAGAGUUAUUGGCCCAUGCUUUUGCAAAUCGUUCGAUAGUCUUAUCAAAUGCGGCAAUGUAUGAAGAAUCUUUAAAAGAUAUAGAGCAUGCUCUCAAAGCUAAUUAUCCAGAUAACAUGAAGGCUUCGUUGUUCGCUCGGAAAGCCAAAAAUUUAUUUGCUUUAGAUCCAACAGCAGACAUUGAAGACACUUUGAAUGAAGCUAGACAAUGGGCAUUAAAAAUGAACGACAAGGAAAAAAAUAAGCUUUUGGAUAAUCUUGAGAAGUUAAAAACAAAGACGUAUAAAAAACCAGUUAAAGAACGUGAUAAUCGAAUAUUUGUACCAUCUCCUCCGAAUGAUAAUCCAAAAAUUAAAGAUACUUCAGCUGCUAUUGCUAUUAACUAUUCUGAAAAAUUCGGACGUCAUAUCGUAGCUACUAGGGACAUGAUGGCGGGUGAAGUAGUUUCUGUUAAACGAGCUUACGCGUUAGUACUUUCAUGUGACUACAGGUUCAAACUAUGUUGGAACUGCUCGAAGCAUUGCUGGUCAUCUGUUCCCUGCAAUACAUGUUCAGACGUUAUUUAUUGCAGUGAAGAGUGUCGAAAUGUGGCCUGGAAAGAUUACCAUGACAUAGAAUGUUCUAUUGUGAAUGGUUUAUUGUCUUCAGUAUAUCCUUAUGAAGAUAUCAGCCUUACGAGCUUGAGAUUAUUUAUAAAAGCUAUCAAAGAAUUCGGAACAGUAAAAGCGUUGUAUGAAAGUGUUCAAAAGAUGGAUUCAAAAGAAGAUUUUAUUAUGAAAAGUUUCACUGAUGGUAUUUACGAUGACAAGAAAUACGCAAGUAUUUACUCACUAUGUCGGAAGCCAAUGGAUACACGAUUCCAAGUUCAAUGUGCCGGCAAAACUUUACAGUACAUGUACUUUAUAGCUUUGACGAGUAAUAUUUUUGGAAAAAAAAUGGAGAAUAUGGAUGAAUUAGCAAAUUAUGAAUAUGCUGUUUUUGUUGGGAAAUUACUUUAUCAUCAUACUGUGUUAAGUUGUAAUAACAGAUAUGCGGUCCAUGAUUCAACUAACGAUGAACUAGUUGACUGUGGUGGACUGUUAAGUUCGCUGCAGUCGUUUUUCAAUCACAAUUGUGACCCUAAUACGGAUUACUUUGUAUGUCGUGGUAUGACUACAUUUAUAACUCUGCAACCUAUAAAAAAAGGUGAACAGUUGUUUAUUUCCUACGGACCAGAAUUUCAUGAGGUUCCAACUCCGAAACGAAGAGAAGAAUUACAAAAUAUUCGAAAUUUUUGGUGCGAUUGUCACGCUUGCAUCAACAAUUGGAAUCCAGGGCAUGUUUUUCCAUCAGCUUGGAAUAAAGUGUCGAAACCAAUCGCAACAAGUAUGUCAAUGAUGUAUUUGGAAUCUCUUGUCCAAAUGAGAAAAAAAAAUUUUUAUGACUAUGACAUUACAUCUCCAGAGGAAGUUGAGAAGUUGAUGUUGUGGAUAUUUACAAUAAUCAAUGUAAUAGGAAAUUUCGAUGUUUAUCCUUGUGAACAAAUAUCAGUAGGAAAAGGUUUACUGCAUUGCAUUAUAAAAUGGAUUGAGCUUGCACCCAAUUUGAUCAGUGAAUUUGCGACCUUAAAAAUCGACUUAUUGGCAACUGAGCAUUUUUCCGGUGCUAAAACUGAUGAAGAUUUUGUAAGAGCCGCUUUAAAAAUGCAUGUUGAAGAACAAGAUGAAUUGCCAAAUUUGAGGGACAUGAAAAAACCUACAUGCGAAGUAGAAGCUAAGCGGAUGUUGAAUAAAGCGAAACAAGAUUCUUCAAUUCAUAAUACUGCAAUGAGUCUAGCACUGCCUGGAUCAGAGUUAUUGGCCCAUGCUUUUGCAAAUCGUUCAAUAGUCUUAUCAAAUGCGGCAAUGUAUGAAGAAUCUUUAAAAAAUAUAGAGCAUGCUCUCAAUGCUAAUUAUCCAGACAACAUGAAGGUUUUGUUGUUCGCUCGGAAAGCCAAAAGUUUAUUCGCUUUGGACCCAACAGCAGAUAUUGAAGACACUUUGAAUGAAGCUAGACAAUGGGCAUUGAAGAUGAGUGAUAAGGAAAAAAAUAAACUUUUGGACAAUCUUGAAAAGUUAAAAACAAAGACACAUAAAAUUUAUUUUGACUCAUUAUUCUACUUAAAAAUUUUUUUGUCUGCAGAUUCUAUUAUGAAAAGUUUCACUGAUGGUAUUUACGAUGACAAGAAAUACGCAAGUGUUUAUCCAUUACGUCGGAGGCCGAUGACUACGCGAAUCAAAGUUCAAUGUGCCCGCAAAGCUUUACAAUACAUGUAUUUCAUGGCUUUGACGAGCGAUGUUUUUGGGAAAAAAAUGAAGAACAUGGAUGAAUUAAAAAACUAUCAAUAUGCUGUUUUUGUUGGAAAAUUACUUUACCAUCAUACUGUGUUAAGUAGUACUAACAGAUACGCGAUUCAUGUACCAAGUACUAACGAACUUCUUAAGUGUGGUGGACUGUUAAACCCGCUAGAGUCGUUGCGACAAUCACAGUUGUGA